CACCUUCAGAGACGCCCUAUUUAUCCACGUCUCGCUAUACAUUUACAAUUGAUUCUGUGUUUAAGAUGAAACGCCCGACCCCUAGCAGAAGCAUGUCAUACAGUAGGGGGUGAAUCACCUUAAUCGAUCGUGUACAGACAGGGUUUUCAGUAAGGGCGUCGAGUGUACAGGAGACGUAUGCCAAUAUGAAGAAGCACAUAUUUCGUAUAUUUGUCUGUCUGGUAUUUGUUUGUGGCGUUCUUAUUGUAUCUGUGAAACUGGAUAUCUUCAACCAGUCAAUAAUAAACCUCCACAACUUGACGUUUCUGACAACUGAGCCAGUAUUUGGACGCCGCUAUCUCCCAGAGCAUGAUUUACUCCUCUCCCCUAUAAAUUUCCACCCGAAAUGCGCCAAUGCAAACACCUCUCGUAUAUAUCUAAAACAUUAUCAACCAUCGUACUCGUUGGGAGAACAGAUCAAAGUUCAAAUAGAUCUGUUUGAUAGGGAUGGUAACCGGAAGUCAACUGGGGGCGACCAUCUGAGAGUGUGGAUGGAAGAUCCCAAGACUUCAGCUUCCGUCUCCGGUGAGGUUUUCGACCACAAUGAUGGAAGUUACACUGGUGUUUUCAAAGCCACAUGGGCCGGACAGGCUGCGAUACGCGUAUUUAUUGCAACACGAAGAGAGGAGUUGGCUCUGUAUUACAGAAUGUUUAAACAAUACUCCAGCAUAUGGACAGCAUAUGCCGAUUUCAACAAGACACCGCUGUCUGAAACAUCGAGAUGCUCAGCAAACCAACCGAGUAUGUCAAAGACCAACGAGUGGUGUAACUUGACAACUGAGAACGAUGGUUUUCCUUGGUUUUGCAAGAAGACUAAUUUAACUUGUGAUACAUGGACAAAUUCCUACACUGGCCCGACUAAUUUCACACUUGAUACUACUGAGAAAGAUAUCCUUACAUGGUCAGUUAAGGGUGCUUCCUCUGACAUCCUACGGCUGUUUCUGAAUAUAUCUAUAAGAAAUGUUGGAAAUUCAUCAUUGCUGACGCCGCCUGAUAUCUCCUGUAAUAAUUUACCAGCAAAAGUGACCUGGCAGCAGAAAUCUCCAAACGGUUUUUUUUACACCAAUAGAUGGCAUUCGCUAAUGUGUCAUGACACACUGCCACGCACCAUAGAUACUUACAGACAAUGCUUGAAAGGAAGGACGCUAUGGCUUCAUGGGGAUUCAACAAGUGCCCAGUUCAAAACAGCUCUUCACUCCUUCUUGCGCUUUCCUUCACAUGCAAAUCACCAUGUACCUGUUAAUGACAAAGAUCCGUUACACAAUUUUUCAGUUUCCUGGCAUGCUCACGAAUUACCGUUCUAUCAUGGAGCUCGACACUACCCAAGAUAUUCGAACCAAGCUCAGCACAUCAUGAUGGACCGUCUCCCGAACACCACCAAGGACAUCGUAGUGUUAUAUUUGUACGUUCAUUUCACACUUGUCCACCCGGAUGAGUUUCGGCGGCAUGUUCGACGACUUGUUCCAUCUGCAAAGAACCUCUUGGCACGCGCCCCUAAUGUUACACUUGCAGUUCGUGGCCCACAUGCAUAUUUCAGAGGGACACAAAGUUUGUUAUCCUACUGGGGUCUCAUAUAUUCUGAUAUUUGGCAUGAGGAAUUCGCUUCAUUGCAUGACAAGAUUGUUUAUUUAGAUUUCUGGGAUUUGACCAUGGCAAGACCUUCUGCAGAUGUUCACGCAGACAUGAGCAUAGUUCAUCAAAUGGUACACAAAAUGAUGUCAUUGUUGUGCUUUAGGAAGUGAUUCAAUACAGUGACAAUAUAUAAGAAUUAUAUUUGACCAAGUAAAUUGAUACCAGAUUAAACUCUUUGCCUUAUUAAGUUGAAUUCUUGGUGGGGUGGGGAGGGGGAAUAUUAAAUCAUUGUUUUAUUUUCUUUGACAUGCUAUCAGGUCCAAUUGAAAUUUGGAAACAUGUGAAAAUGAUACAAAUACUUGAAGAAAGUGAUGUCAUUACAGGGAUACCGAUAUUUUAUACCAUACAAAGUAUUAAAUAAAAUCACGUCAUAGGCCGUUGUACAUCUUCUGACCUUCUGACCGAGUCUUACUUAAUCGGUAUUUGCCGAGCCAUUGACGAUGCAAAUACCGAUUAACGGGACGAGGUUGAUAUUUCCCAUAUCAAAAAACACUCGUGAUGAAUUUUAUUUAUCAUUUGCGCAUUAUUGUUUCCCUUUUAAGGAAUAAAUGCAUUAACAUUGACAUCAGCAACUUGUCGAAAUCUUACGUAUAGAUCGUGCCUAGUGAUACAUGUUUUUCAUUGCCGUGUGAAGUUACUGUGAACCAAAAUAAACAACCUCUUAACUCCUUCAUGGCAUAUUCCUUCGCUGAGAAAAAAGGAUUAUUUUGAACAAAAUUUUUGAACAGAGUUUUGCAGAAUAAUUGAAACUUUAAUCACGCUAACAACAAUUCUGUGUAAUCUGAUUAUAUCUCUGGUUAAUUUCACUUAUAUAUAGCUUUUGAAUCAAACCGCUCUCUCACUUAAAGAAUGUCUCUCGGAGGAGAUGUCAGAGUAUACUUCAGUCGGUGUCACUAUCACCAUCAAUGACAAUCCGGCGUCUUUUGACUGGAGCCGGGCUUGGAGGUUUAACGAGAUUAAUCGUUAUGUUUCCACGAGUAAUGUUGCCAGCAAACAUAGUGUUGACACCACCAGAAACAUUUGAAAUUUGAGACCUACUUUGUGUUGUCUACUGGCGAUUUGGACAUGACGCGAGGGGCCGCCCUGUAUGACGGGAGUUUCAUCAACAAGCUGGGAUGUCACAGUGUUGGAUGGAGUGUUUCGCAAAAUAAUGUUGGAUAUUUGAUUAUGCUGGUCAGGAUUAAUAUGGCAGGAAUUGUUCACAGAAUGGAUGUUUUUGUGACCAGUUAUCUGCAUAAGUUGAUUUGGCGGAUUAUUAGGCGACCCUUUUUUAUUUCUUGGUUUACGGAGUUCAAUCUCAUUUCAAAAGUGAGGUAGGCCAAUUAAAAACUAAAAAGUUAAAAUUAAAAAGCCCUUAGAGAUUGUUUUUACUCGAAGUUUGUCCUAAAAAGUUAGGUAGGUAUAAAAAAAAUUAUUCUGGAGUAACAAAAGUAAAAGAACUCAAUUUCUCAAGAACAUUUUAUCAUAUCCCUGACACUCAGCUUGUGCACAAAUGGCAAUAUAACAAUAUCCAUGUCAUGGGUGGAAAUGCAUGAAAGACGCCGCUAUAUUGGCAGCAUGGCGACGUUCAACACCCGCCAACCAGAAGAUAACUGCUGUGACAAGUUCCCAGAGACUCUUGUGUGAUAGAUGAAGCCAACAUUUAUCUAGGAAAUUAUCUGCUUGUAAAACAUCUUUGCUACUACAUUUUUGGCUAUACACUAUUUGAAAGGUCUAGU